AUGUCGGGCGUCACCAAUCCAAAUCCCAGCCCGAAUGAAGAAUACGAGGACUACACAGAAUACCCUCUUCCAACCACUCCCAACCCCAGUGAUCGCCAAAGUCUCGAGCGCGAGACUACUGCAGAUGCCACCCAAUAUGACCACCAACACGAGGCCAGACCUGAGCCACCGGCAAGCCGUCGUGACCGAUCUCAUCGGGUUCGCUUUCGCUCGAUGAGCUUGCGCCGCAAUGAAUCUCCCUCACAUCCCUCUUCGCGACCGUUAUUACCGCCACCACGCCUCAAUGAAAUUCCAUCCGGAACCAUCACCCCGCCAGCCCCCACACAUUCCCGUCGCGGAUCUGGCCUCGCCAACGUGCACACCCCCGACGAGGUCAGCGAAUCGGAGAAACAUGAUGUCCUAGGCCAUAUGGAUGGUCAUCUGGACCGUACUACCUCAGCACGCGACCGAUUCAGAGCUACCGGUCACCUUCUGCGACAGAAAACUAGUCGUUUAACGGAACGCCUCGACGACAUCGACAGCGGGGUACCGCUCGAGGAACUGCAGGCCCGUCGCGCUCGCUAUGACGCCGACCGAGAGCAAGCAUUGGAGCGUGGCGACAGUUUUCACGAGCCACCGCCCAGCGCCGAGGCUCAUCGCUUGGUCCGCAGCAUAACCGCGGUUCAGGACCAGCUUCGGAAGCGGAAACCACCAAGUGCAUAUCACCGGUCGGGCCAGACAACGCCCGACGACUUGAUCAAGGACUUUAGUUCUCAGCGGAGACGAUCUAGUGGAUUUGGCGGUUCCAGCGGCAUUUUGUCGCAGCUGCUAAAGCUCCAGGCAGUCCAGAGCGGGGGCUCUUCGCGCCCGGAAAGUGUCAUCACCGAUGAUUCCGACAGUGAUACACAGGUCUCUUCUGGUGUCUCCACCCCGAAAAAGGGUGCCUUCACGCCCCCUUUCCCUGCCUCCCAGCCGGUCUCUGGUUCUGCCACCCCGCGCAAGGAAAAGCUCAAAUGGUACAAGAAAUCGUCCCAUCGGUCCACUGCAUCGCUGGUCAAUGCCUCCAUGAACCUCAGUACGGCUAGUCUGCCUGCUGCGGCGGAGGCUGCUCCGGGUGUGCAUGAGAAACACAAGAAACACAAGAAGAAGAAGAAGCACAAGACGCGUCUGGAAGAUGAGAUUCGUGUCACGGUCCAUAUCGCAGAGAUCAUCGCACGUCAGCGGUACAUUAUGCACCUGUGUCGUGCACUGAUGCGAUACGGUGCGCCGACUCAUCGUCUGGAGGAGUAUAUGCAAAUGACCGCUCGGGUGUUAGAAGUGUCGGGUCAAUUCUUAUAUCUGCCCGGUUGUAUGAUCAUGUCCUUUGAUGAUCCGACCACGCGCACGGGUGAGGUCAAGCUCGUGCGAAUGGUUCAAGGAGUCGACCUUGGUCGUCUUGCUGAUACCCACAACGUUUAUAAGAAUGUUGUUCACGACCUUAUCGGCGUCGAAGAGGCGACUCAAGAACUGGACGAAAUCAUGCAGCGCAAGCCACGAGUCAACAAAUGGCUCUUGGUCCUGGUGUACGGUCUUGCUAGUGCGACUGUCGGUCCGUUUGCUUUCAUGGCGCGACCCAUCGAUAUGCCCAUCAUCUUUUGUCUUGGUUGCAUUGUCGGGCUGAUGCAGCACGUCCUCGCGCCGCGGUCCACACUCUACUCCAACGUCUUUGAGGUCACUGCUGCUAUCGUGACUUCUUUCCUUGCCCGCGCAUUCGGCAGUAUUAUGGUUCACCGUAACGGUAAAUCAGAACCACUUUUUUGCUUCUCCGCUAUGGCACAGUCAUCCAUCGCUCUGAUUCUCCCUGGAUUCAUGGUCCUUUGUAGCAGUCUGGAACUUCAAUCUCACCAGAUGAUCGCUGGCUCGAUCCGCAUGGUGUAUGCCAUUAUCUACUCCCUCUUCCUGGGCUACGGUAUCACAGUGGGGACUACGAUUUAUGGACUGAUGGAUGGCAAUGCGACAUCUGCAUCCACGUGUUCGGGUUUGGACGUUUACGGGUCUAUUUACGUACGCACAUUCCCUUUCGUGGCCAUUUACGCUAUCUUCCUAGCCAUCGUGAACCAGGGCAAAUGGAAGCAAAUGCCCGUCAUGGUGUUCAUCGCGUUGUCCGGAUAUGUCGCGAACUACUUCAGCACCACCAAGCUCGGCAGUAAGUCGGAGGUGGCCAAUACCGUUGGCGCAUUCACGAUUGGUGUCCUGGGCAAUUUGUACAGCCGACUGUGGCAUGGCCAUGCUGCCACCGCCAUUUUGCCUGGUAUAUUUGUGCUGGUGCCCUCUGGUCUUGCUUCUAGUGGUUCUUUGAUCGCAGGCAUCAGAUACGCCGACGAGGUUCGUCAAAACAUCGAUAAUAAUGGGACCAACUCGGGUGCCAGCUCUUUCUCGGAUACUUCAGUUGCCAGCCUUGGUUUCGGCAUGAUUCAGGUCGCGAUUGGUAUCACAGUCGGACUGUUUAUCGCGGCUUUGGUCGUCUACCCAUACGGCAAAAAGCGCACUGGUCUGUUCAGCUUCUAG